AUGUUUUAUCCAAACAUGACGAACAAAGAAUACAAAUUUUUAAUAUCUGAACCAGAAUUCACCAUUCAAACACUCCAAAAUAUCCUCAAUAUUGAUACGAAAAACUCUAUUUAUGGUUCGAAUUUUUACAAAAGUUAUGAUCCAGUGAAGGAGGCCUUUAAAGUAUUUGAUCCAAAAGAUACCGGUUAUGUGGAUGAAAAGCAUUUGAAAGAGAUGAUGGAACAACUUGGUUUAGGUCCCAUUACCACAGAAGAUUUGAAAGUACUCAUCGAUACAGCUGACAAGGACGGGGAUGGGAAAAUCUCUCUCGAAGAUUUCAGAAGCAUGACCAAGAUUUCUGAUGAAUAA